AUGAUAAAAAACAGUCCUCCUACCGAGUCCUUCCAACAGAAUAAGAAAAUUCGAGUGAAGCUAUCAGGAGAUGCGACCAAUGUUGGAAAAAGGCUUCAUGUUGUGAAUGUUACUUUUACAAUUUUGGAUGAAGGCUCAAAGGCAAUGUCAGCUGAUGGAAACCAUAUAAUUGCUAUCAUCAAAGAGCCAGAAAACUAUGAGAAACUUCUUGAAGCGCUGUCAGAUAUCCGUAGAGAGGUGGAAUAUCACUUAAUUGCAUGAAGGUUGGGGACGAAUACUUCAAUAUUGAAUGGUUUUUAGGUGGUGAUUGGAAAUUCCUGGCAUGCAUUUGUGGCCUUGGUGCAGCAAUCUCCACUCAUCCUUGUAUCUGGUGCAAAUGCCCUUUGUACGACAACUAUGAUGGAACCAAUGAAUGGUCAAUGGUAGAUACCAAUAAAGGUGCCCGGACAAUCAAGGAAAUUGAAGAAAAAUCUAAGCAAGGAUCCCGGGGAGAAAAGUGCAAUGUAAAACAUUCCCCUUUAUUCCCUACAAUACCCCUUGAUCAUGUUGCCAUUGAUAGCCUACACCUUUUCCUACGCAUAGCAGAUAAUUUAAUCAAUUUACUAAUUUUAGAGUUUUGGAGACUAGAUGCUAUUGACAAAAAGAAAACUUUCAAUGAUGGCUUUGAGCGAUCCAAAUACACCCAUAUGGCUUGGAUGGGAAUCCUGAACAACAUAGCAGAAGUCUCCAUUGACAUUGAUGAUUCUUUCAAACCAUUUGCUCCCCAAAAUUUGACACAUGUCACUGUUAUUAUUUAA